CGUUUUUAUUGAUGGCUUUCACUUCGUCUUUUAUUUCUUAUUUUCUGCUGAAAGUCAAUUAGAAAAUGUAUUUUUGUUGAUUUAUCAUUUUAUAAUGAUUUUUUUUAAUUUAAAAAAAACAUUAAAUUAAGUAUUUUCAUCUCAAUUUGAAAUCAAGGAUAUUCCGAGAACUACCUACCAGCCAUGUCUAAGUCUUCACUUUUGAACUCAGUGUUUUCAGACAUUGAAAAAUUAGCUUUAGCUGAAGAAUAUAAAAGGAUAAUAAAACUUGUUGAAAAACAUAUACCACAGUUUCCAGAGGAGUUAUCGCUAAUACAGUCUAAAGUUGUUAGUUUGAUUCAUUUAAAUCAAAUUCAAGAUGCUUUUGAUUUUAUUCUUAAACACGAAACAGUCCAGCCAUUUACGUUUGAAAAAGCGUACUGUUUGUAUCGAUUAAAUCGUCCUGAGCAAGCGUUAAACAUAAUUAAUGAAGAGACCAAUUUAACAGAGAGUUUUAAAGAGUUGAAAGCGCAAAUUUUGUACAAAUUAGAAAAGUAUCGUGAGUGUUUUGAUUUGUAUCGUGACAUUAUCAAACAGAGUAAAGAUAGUUUCAAUAAUGAAAGGGAGACUAAUCUCACUGCUGUUAUUUCUCAGUUGUCUAAAUUAGGAGAGAAAAAGUAUGAUGUCCCGACAGUAAAACAAGAUAAUACAUACGAGUUUAUGUACAAUGUGGCUUGCGUAUUGAUUGAAAGAGGAGAUAUAGCAAAAGCCCAGGAUUUACUUGAACAAGCCGCUAAAUCGUGUAGAAACACUUUGGAAGAAGAGGAAGCUACCGAAGAAGAAAUUCAAGAAGAACUAACAGCUAUAAAAGUUCAAGCCGCUUAUUGUCUGCAAAACUUGGGGCACGAUAAAGAAGCUCAAACUGAAUAUACUGAAGUGUUGAAGAACAAACCAAAAGAUGUUGGAUCUUUGGCCAUUGCUUCUAAUAAUUUGGUUGUACUCAAUCGUGAACACAAUGUCUUUGAUUCUAAAAAAAAACUCAAGUCAACUUUGUCAGAUGAACUAACUCAAAAGUUAAACACAUGGCAAUUGAAAAAAAUCCAUUUGAACCAUUGUCGUUUUGCACUAAUUACUAAUCAAUUUGAGCAGUGCACUAAAAUGUGUGACGACAUUGAAAAAAAGUAUCCCGACGUUAUAGAAAAUAUUGUAUUAAUCAGAGCAGUUAUGUUAUGGCGUCAAAAUAAGGGUACUGAAGCAAUUGAUAUAUUGAAAAAAUUCAUUUAUCAACAAAAACAGCCAUCUGAAAAGCUCAAUUGCACCUUAACAGCUGUCAAAUUGUUACUCACACAAAAUAAUCUGAAGGAAGCGUGUACAUUACUUGAAAAUCUCGGUGAGCUAAAAUAUAAACUGGGAAUUGUCAGUACUCUAGUGACUUUGUACUUGAAUCUUGGAAAUUUUAAGGCUGCUACUGAUUUAUUCAAUGAAACUCUAUCUUGGUACAGUCAAAAAGAGGUCGAUAAUUCAAAAGUAACCAUUUUGUUAAAACAACUGGCCAAACUUCAUUUACGUGAACAAGAUCCCAAAGAAGCAGCAAAGCGUUUAUCACAUCUGUUGGAAUUAAAUCCGUCUAAUAAAAAGUUUUUAGCUCAACUCAUUAUCGCUUAUGCUCAGUUUGAUCCAGAAGAAGCUCAAAAAUAUAGUAAGAAACUUCCACCGCUCGAUCUACAAGAUGCCGAUAUAGAUGUACUCGAAAACACUAAUUGGAUGAUGGGAUCCAAAUUGAUUAAGAAGUCAACUCAAAAACCAGACUUUGCUGGGUUGAAUAAAGCAGAAGUGGAGAAAAAGCGCAAAAAGAAAAGGAAAGUUAUACUACCGAAAAACUUCAAUCCAGAAAUUCCACCUAACCCAGAACGUUGGUUACCGAGACACGAGCGUACUGGCUACCGUAAAAAGAAAGACAGAAGGAACAAGGACACUGGUAUUGGCAAAGGAACACAAGGCGCUAGCGUCGAUGCUAGUGAAAAAUAUAACAUCAAAAAUAUUGCUGCACAGCCUAAAACUCAGAACACCCAAGUUCAACCCAAUGAAAAUGCACCUCGAUUACAACACCGAAAAGGACAAUUCAAAAAAAAGAAGAAGGGAAAAUAAAUCCAACGCCUUUGUUUACAUAUUAUUCCUUGAAUCUUAAUAGCAUGUGUACAAUAAUUAUGCAGUAAUACAAAUAUAUAAUAAAUUGUAUUUUAAGAUUUUGAUUUCAAAUUAAAAUAAUAUGUUGGUUUUUACAAGUAA